AUGACGGCCUCUUCUGAUCAACCGCGAACUAACGGUGACGCCGGUGUUGGGACAAAUAACCACAGCAAACAAAGCGACAUAUGGAAGCAUGCCCCUUUACUCAUUGGCACAACCAAAUUUGAGCCUCGCUCCGAUGUUAAAAACAUCAUGAUUACGGGCGGCGCUGGCUUCAUCGCUUGCUGGGUCGUCCGCCAUCUCACUUUGACUUAUCCACAUGCCUAUAAUAUUGUCUCAUUCGACAAGCUAGACUACUGCGCUGCUCUCAACAACACAGGCGUCCUAAGUGAAUCCUCCAACUUUACCUUCUAUCAUGGCGAUAUCACCAAUCCAGCUGAGGUUGUUGACUGUAUGGAGCGAUACAAUAUUGAUACAGUUCUACACUUUGCCGCCCAGUCACAUGUGGACUUGAGCUUUGGCAACUCUUAUGGCUUCACACACACAAACGUCUACGGAACUCAUGUUCUCCUUGAAAGCGCCAAGAAGGUUGGCAUUGGCCGCUUCAUUCAUGUGUCGACUGAUGAAGUUUACGGUGAAGUUAAAGAAGACGACGACGACCUUCUCGAGACGAGCAUAUUGGCUCCUACAAAUCCAUAUGCCGCCAGCAAAGCGGCAGCUGAGAUGUUAGUGCAGUCUUACCAGAAGAGUUUCAAAUUACCUGCCAUCAUUGUGCGGAGUAACAACGUAUACGGUCCUCAUCAGUAUCCGGAGAAAAUCAUCCCCAAGUUUACAUGUCUUCUUAACCGUCAGCGGCCACUGGUUCUGCACGGAGACGGCACGCCUACCCGGCGAUAUCUCUACGCUGGCGACGCAGCUGAUGCGUUUGACACGAUUCUCCACAAAGGUCAAAUUGGCCAGAUUUACAACGUCGGUUCACAUGAUGAAGUAUCCAAUCUAGAGCUCUGCGGGAUGCUGCUCGACCGAAUGAGGAUACCACACGAUACCCCGGAGCAGCUCCGCAAGUGGAUCAAGUACACUCGGGACAGACCCUUCAACGACCGUCGGUAUGCAGUUGAUGGCACCAAGCUAAAGAGGCUUGGUUGGGAGCAGAAAGUGUCGAUUGAUGAAGGCCUCAAGAUCACAGUCGAUUGGUUCACGCAAUUCGGAGAGACCUGGUGGGGAGACAUCAGCCAUGUUCUCACGCCGUUUCCUACCGUGAGCGAUGGCGAGAUGGUUCCGGAUGAUGCGCGAUCAAUGCGCGAUGAACCACUUGAGUCCCAAGAUAUACGACAGGGCAAGCUGCCGGAACAGCACAAAAAUGAUGAUAUGAGUGGUGGUUGUCGAUCAACACAACAGAACGGUGAGGAUACAAGUGGGCUACAUCAAAAUAACGGCGGCGGUUAUCAAAUUACCGCGUAA